AGCGCUGUUGAGGUGCAAACAAAAAAUAUUAAGCAAUGACAACACUGUUUAAACUCAAAUUUGACGUUUCUCUUUAUUGUGAGCGGCGAUUUCGGUAGUCAAUCGAAACCAUCCGAAACUUUCCAAAUAUAAUUUAAAAAAUAAAAUUACUAUAAACCAAGCUUUGAUAUGGAGGAAGAUUUAUUUAAUAUCCCAUUGCCAGAUGUAAAACGAGAAAUUCGUCGAGGCAUUAUUGAGUGCCAGAAACGUGGCCUAACUCAGAGUGCAAAGUGGUUGGCUGAAAUGAGCCAUGGACUUAGCGAUACUGAUUGCGAAGGAGCUGGCACAAGCAGUUGCAAUCAACAUAAAAUGUCGGAGGCUGGGGAAUGCUGUCAAUUCUUGGAAGGUAUAGCUCCUACUGAAUACGAUAACUAUUUCCUCGCCAAAAGUUAUUUUGAUGUGCGUGAAUAUGAUCGAGCUGCAUAUUUUGUGCGUAAUUGCGAAUCCUCAGUACCUCGUUUCCUUCAUCUUUAUGCAACAUACAUGGCAAGAGAAAAGCGCCGGUUAGAUUCUACCACGGAUCGUUCGAAUUUAAAUGAAACAGGUCAUGUACGAGAUAUGACUGAAUUGCUGGCAAUUCUUCGUUCUGAAUAUUCGCACGGGCGACUGGAUGGCUAUGGAAUCUACCUUUAUGGGGUUGUGUUAAAGGCCUUAAAUCUCAACAAAGUGGCCAUACAGAUGCUGAUACAUGCAAUUCGCUUGGCACCAAUGCUAUGGGCUGCUUACGUAGAAUUAGCAGUGCUCAUAAUGGAUAAGGAAAAAAUGCUAUCUCUAAAUUUUGGAGGCCAUUGGAUGCGCCACUUUUUUGCUGCACACAGUUACAUUGAGAUGUAUUUGAAUGACGAAGGGCUGAAAGCGUAUGAAGAUCUUCAACAAGCAGGAUUUCGUAAAUGUGUUUAUGUGACUUCCCAAAUGGCUUUGGCAUAUCAUAACAAAAGAGAUGUCGAAAGAGCCAUUGAAAUUUUCCAAACGCUUCAAGAAGUUGAUCCCUAUCGUUUGGAGAAUAUGGAUACAUAUUCUAAUUUGUUAUUUGUAAAGGAGCUAAAGACUGAAAUGGCACAACUAGCACAUAAAGCAGUCAGCAUUAAUAAAUACUGCGCAGAAACGUGCUGCGUUGUGGGUAAUUACUAUAGCAUACGCUCAGACCACCAAAUGGCCAUUGUCUAUUUUCAACGAGCUUUAAAACUAAAUCCAAAGUAUUUGUCGGCGUGGACUUUAAUGGGGCAUGAGUUUAUGGAGCUAAAGAACACAAACGCUGCGAUACAAAGUUAUCGAAAAGCGGUGGAGGUUAAUAAACGAGACUAUCGCGCCUGGUAUGGGUUGGGCCAAUCUUACGAGAUACUUAAGAUGCACUAUUAUAGCUUAUACUACUUCAAAAUUGCACAUCAGCUUCGUCCGUUUGAUAGCCGUAUGCUGGUCGCAUUAGGAGAAACAUAUGAAAAGCUGGAGAAGUUCGAUAAUGCUAUUAAGUGCUAUUGGAAAGCCUGCGAUGUUGGUGACAUUGAAGGAGUUGCGAUGAGCAAAUUAGCUGGCCUACAUGAAAGACGAGGAGAGUUUGAGGACGCUGUUCAGUGUUAUAUUAUGUACUGCGACGACGAAAGGGCUGCGACUGACAAGCAAAGUCUAUACCACGGUUUCAUGACUUUAGCGAACUACUACGAAAGCAAAGGACAGUUUGAUAAAGCCUCACAUUAUGCCUACAAAUGUCUCGAGUCCGAUGAGCGUAAAUCUGAAGCUAAGGCACUGCUUAAAACUAUUGAAAAUAAACGCAGUGGGAAAGCAACAAACAAUGACGGGGAAGCAAACAAUUCUGCGAAUGGAAACAUCAUAGCCGCCGACACUUCAUCAGACGAUGAUAUGGAAAUGGAGUUAAGUGAUUACAAAUAUUUGUGUAGUGAUUACGUGCUGACCUGCCAGUCGGAUGUGAAGAUGUCCAAAAAACUGGCGGCAAGUGGCGAUAGUGCAACAAAUUCACAUUUGAUAUCAACGACAGCGGAUAUAAGUCUGAAUGAAAGCGAAAUGGUUGCGUCCAGCAGCACAAAUGAGAUUGGCCCAAGCACUAGUGCUGCAGCAGGGAUUGCAAUAGGGCAGCAAACUACAAAAUCAGCACAAACGAAAGAUUCAGAGAGCAAUGACGAUGAACAACAUUCGAUGGAGAUUUCGUCGAUUUCUAUCGAUUAAACU